AAAGAAAUGUGAGAAGCUCAUGGGAGGUUUUAUUUUUAACAGCCCUCUCAUUUGCUUUAUUUUGAACUUCUCCUAAUGGAGUAGCUAGGUACCAAUUUGCAUACACAUUGACUUUAAUCCAUAGUACCAUUGAGAUCUCUUAAAAACAUAUUAUAAAGUAGUGAACUCGUUCUUGUUGCCAAGAGGAAGAUUCCCAGUUUCAAAGCCACUGUUACUCACGUGUAUCUAGAUCUGAUAUAGCGAGAGAACGCCUGGAGGCUAGGCAUCACACAUAGCACACGUCGGGAGGGAAGCAGAGCUGGCAGGAGUUGGUGAAACAGUAUGGAUCGCAGUUGGAGCUAGCGUGUGCCACUGCAGGGGGCAACCACUGACAUGGCGUCCAUCAUCUCCUCAACAAUACAUAAACAACUGAGAAACGUCGAGCACGUUGGGAUGUAUGCAAUCUGCAACACGUAGUACUCUUUGUUCAUGUGUGCUUGUGAAGAAAUGUGAACAAGUGUCCCGGGAAAUUUAAAACAAGCCUGUAACAGAAUAAUUAACUGUGAAAUAUGUUCUAGGUAAUAUGGUAUUUGUACAAUAUUGGGCAUCGUAAGAAAUUGUUUUUAAGUGUGUUUUAAAACUAAUGACUUUAUUGAUAAUGGCGUGUGUAAAUUGGCGUUAGACUGACUGUACGAGUGCCGUAUAUCCGUAAGAAAUAUAUUUUUUGCAAACAUGAUUGCGUCACUGUUAAACUGGUCGAACAGAAAGCAGGGAUAUGUUUCUUGUCACACCUCAGUUUUGUUGUUCUUCACUUGAACAAUUGUGAUGCUGAACAGUAGGUUCAGAACGUUCAGACUUACCUUCAGGUUCAGCAGAGCGAAAUGCAAGACUGUUCACCGGUGACGUAGCUCUAGAUAUCCGGUCCACUUCUGCUAGCUUGCGUACGAAAGUGUCCAAAUCCGUGCCGCUUUAGAAUAAAUAAUAUUUAUGCACACAAAGUCUCUCGGCUUUACUUAAGGGUGAUCUGACUCUAACCGCGAGAUUGUUUCUUGAAUUCAAUUCUUUGGAUUAUAUCGUAGUAGUGAGUUUAUAUUGUGAUAAAGUUAGUACAGUCUUGUAGCUUACAGAGCACAAAGAGAGUGAAAUUGGUUGGAAAGACUGUCAUAUCUCAUCUUUGGAAUUAAGUUCACAUGAUUAUACGGAACAGUUUUUGAUUGCUCUAAAUCGCCAGGUUUCAACGAGUUUCAAACAUUUUCUCUAAUGUAAGAGUGAGAUACAAAUUCGCUUGAAGAAAAUAAAUUUCUGGAUUUUGUGUUCGAAACUAAGGAGACUUAAGAAGAUUUAAAUGUCAGUAAGACGUCACUGAGCGGCUAAAUACAAUUUAUAAACCACAAUUGAACAGAUUUUAACGUCUGUCUUCCGCCCCAGUUUUCGGUGAUCCCACAGAAUGGAUAUAAUUAUAAAUUUGAACGUGUGUUAAAAACAACACAAAAUAAGUGUAUAUCAAAACCAAAUCAAAAGACAAAAUUACAUGCGUUUUCUGUGACAUCAGCUAUCCAGGCAGAGAAACUUCGUAUUGCUCAGUGUCCGGGCUUGAAUCCCCGCAUCACCACGUUGUCUCCGCCAGGUCUGGACCUCUCUAUGUCGGCCGCCGUGCAGGGGCCGCCCCCAGGGUUGGCGCCUCACGGUCUGCCGCCUCCUGGCCCGGCCAUGGCGGCCCUAAUGGGAGGUCCUCCGCCACUUCAACAUUUGGGGAGUAGGCCACCGCCUCCACCGCCGCCGCCGCCCCCACAACAUCUGCAUCGUCCCCUGGACCCUGGAGAGGUUCCCGGGCCUCCAAACCCGGAUGUUCUCCUCGCUUUGCUGUCCCGCAACAAGACACUGGAAGCCAGCAUCCCAAAAUGUGGAGGCUGUCAGGAGCUGAUUCUGGACCGUUUCAUCCUGAAGGUGUUGGACCGUACGUGGCACGCGAAGUGCCUUAAAUGCAGCGAAUGUAGUGGGCAGCUCAGUGACAAGUGUUUCGCUCGAAACGGUCAGGUCUUCUGCAAGGACGAUUUCUUCAAGCGGUACGGGACAAAGUGUGCGGGCUGCGAGCAGGGGAUCCCCCCCACACAGGUGGUGCGCCGCGCCCAAGACAACGUGUACCAUCUGCAGUGCUUUGCGUGUGUCAUGUGCAGUCGGCAGCUCAACACAGGCGACGAGUUCUACCUCAUGGAGGACAGGAAACUGGUCUGCAAGCCGGACUACGAGGCCGCCAAAACCAAAGAUGAUUCUAGUACAUUUCAACCUCCUUUUACUGAGCACAAAGGAGUUUACUACAGAAGAGCUAAGGAGAAGCGGCUGAAGAAGGACGCGGGGCGGACACGCUGGAGUCAGUACUUCCGCUCCAUGAAAGGCGGCUCUUCGCCCCGCCACGAAAAAUUGCACGACAAAGACGAUAAGAUGGACCUUGAGUCUAACUUCAGCCACACGCACGACCUGAACAGCAAUGACAGCUAUGGGACAGUGGUGAACUUGGGGCUGGAGCAAGAUGGGUCAUCACCCCAUAGCGCAGGAAGUCGUGCCCCGCAUUUCACUCUACAUGGGGGGCCUGCAACGCCACCCUAUCUGUCGUCCAGUCACUCUCCUACACCACCACAUCCUGCGUUAGGCCCCAACUUCCCCUACUCCACAGGGGAAGGGCUUGCCGUCUACACCACUUUAGGUCAGGGCCCACCACCUGGUGCCCACCUACCCCCUGGACAUCCAAGCCUGGCCAGUGGGCCAGCCUCUGACCUAAGCAACAGCAGCAGUACCCACGGCUACCCAGAUUUCCCACCCAGUCCAGACUCCUGGUUGGGUGAGGUCAGCGCCUCUACUGGACCCCCAGCAGGUGGCACAGCCCCUCAGUACUGACCCCACCGCCUCUCAUAGUGGAGGAUGAACUACUUUCUCAACACUAGGUGAAAGGUUGAGCUAUAAGACACUGUCGUUCUAGUCAUGUGCAAUCAACCUGAUCAGUCACAAACAUAAGAAUCUGUUUCAGUGUCACUCUUGGAGCAACUGGGAUUUCUCUUCAAGGAAAAGUUGUGUCCUUCCUUCACCAAAAUAGUUACAUUCUUUAGUGUUUUCUUUAAAAUCAUCUUUACACGUGAGAUUUGAGGCUAUCGUGGUGGUCUUCUAUGUCCUAUCACAAUGUAGACUCGAUGGAUGUUGCUUAUAUUUCAGAGGAACACACUGCCUCCAUCUCCUGCCAUGAAGAAGAAUACAAUAUUUUCCUCUGAAACGUUAGUAUGCACCUACCAAACUACAUGGUGGUGGACAAGAAGUCCUGACAGAGGUGACUAAGAUGUUUACUCUUUUCUGGGUUGUAAUACCAUGUAGUUCAGAGAGACAGUGGCUCAGGAGCAGGUUUUUCCAUGUACUUCGGUUCCCCUGCCAAUUAUCAUUCCACCAACUGCUCCAGAUUCAUCAUAAUCUGUCAUCCAAGGCUGGUACAAUAAGCCAAUUAGGGGCCAACAUACUAAGUGGACUCAUACUCACCCCACCCCAAAAAUAACGAUAAAAAAUAAUUUAAAAUUUCAGAGAGAACUGUAUGUUUUGGUGAAACAUAUCACCUCCAACAUUAUGAUCAAUAUUAAGCCAAGCAAGAAUGUUGCUUCCUUUUGCUGCUUCUUGCUCACUUACUCUUCAAGAUUGAAGGCAGGGGCUCCUGUGAUAUAUUUUAGUACACAGCCUUACAACCCAGAAGACUGUAAUCUUCAAACUACAUGGUGCCAUAACCCAGAUGAUCACAACAUGCAUCUUCAUGCAUAUAUAGUGCUAGCCUCUAUUUGCCUAAAAUAAAUAAAAUCUUGUUUAUUUAGCAAAGCAUGCUAAAAAUCAACAGAUCUGUAAACAUGGUAGUACAUCUGAUGUUCAAGCUGUUACCAACUGCCACCUGAAUAUGCCUAAAUGUUGACAAGUACAGGAGACACUGUUCCAGUAUUGUUGUUUCUUGUGUUUUACUUGGAGGAUGAUUAUGAGAAUGUUAGCUGCCAGACAGGACCUAGAGCUUAAUAUUCGCUGUAGGUAGGCUGAGACUCUGAUAUUCUUCACAUUCCAAAAAAAAAUUAGCUUUGAUAGAGGUGGAAGUUUUAAUUUGUGGGCAAAACUUGCAUAUGGACUUGAUCAGGCAUCAGAGCCCUCCAAGUGAUGACAAGGAUGAUGUUGAUUAUAAUGAUAAUGAUGGGACAGCUCAUUAAAAUGAGCUUGGACCACUAACGCCUAAUUCAGUCAAUACAGUUACAUAUCCAACAUCUUCAUUGUCUGUAUCAGAAGUAAAGCUGUCCCUGUGCUUAACUAAUUAAGCAUAUGCCAUGAAGGUGUAUGGGGGAGUGAAUGU